AGCCCUCGCUCGCACGCACGCAUGCUCCUGCUCCCGUCCUCGCGCCCCUCUCACGACACUUGCCGCCGCUCCCGGGCCGGCCGAGCCGCUGCCGGCGCGCGGUGCAUUGUGGGACCCGGGUCGAGCCCGCCGCCGCCGCCGGAGGGAAGCGAGCCGAGGCCGCGACCGGGAGAAAACGCCGGAGUGGCCGCCGGAGAGGAGCCGAGUCCUCAGCCUCCGCCGCCGGAGAGGCCCGCCCACCCGCUCGCGCCGUCCCUGCCCCGUUCACAAUGCAGCCUGCUUCUGCGAAAUGGUACGAUCGAAGGGACUAUGUCUUCAUUGAAUUUUGUGUUGAAGACAGUAAAGAUGUUAAUGUAAACUUUGAAAAAUCUAAACUUACAUUCAGCUGUCUUGGAGGAAGUGAUAAUUUUAAACAUUUAAACGAAAUUGAUCUUUUUCACUGUAUUGACCCAAAUGAUUCCAAGCAUAAAAGAACGGAUAGGUCAAUUUUAUGUUGUUUACGAAAAGGAGAAUCUGGCCAGUCAUAGCCAAGGUUAACAAAAGAAAGAGCAAAGCUUAAUUGGCUUAGCAUGGACUUCAAUAAUUGGAAAGAUUGGGAAGAUGAUUCAGAUGAAGACAUGUCUAAUUUUGAUCGUUUCUCUGAGAUGAUGAACAACAUGGGUGGUGAUGAGGAUGUAGAUUUGCCAGAAGUAGAUGGAGCAGAUGAUGAUUCACAAGACAGUGAUGAUGAAAAAAUGCCUGAUCUGGAAUAAGGAAUGUCGUCAGCACCGGAAUUUGAGAAAGAAAAAAAAAUAACUUCUCUGCAAGAUUUCAUAAUUGAGAGAAUUCCUGAGUUGGUAUCUCUAAAGGCAGAUGCUGUAUUUGCCUCCUUAACCCAUUUUUCAACCUGUUUUUUUUUUUUUUUAAGGCUUCACUAAGGGUUGAUAUGUACCAUUGUAUGGGGCAAUUUUAAGUCAGCUAAGGCAAUAACCUUAUGCAUGAACAUUUCCCAGAUUUCUCUGACACUGUUGAGGUCCUAGGCAAUUGAUACAGUGGUUAUGACAAAACAUUUCACCUAAGUCUCCUUCACUUCAUAACAUAGAUAACUGACAUGAUAGGAAGCUCUUGACUUAGGGAACGAUAACUAGAUUUUAGAACAUGGACUCAAAGUGGCUGAAACAAAUUGGUUGAAACCAUAAAUUGGUAACCUUGUUCCUCUGGUAUGUCCUUCAGGAUUGUUUCACUAAAGUUUUAUUUUUUAAAAAUUUACUUUACAUUAUUGUAUGUAAGUAAUCACUUGUCAGUGUUCCAGAUGUAUCUUAGCUAAAACUAGUGUAUGCCCUAUUUAGAUGGUUUUUGAAGCCUGUACAUUUGGUAUUGUUUGACCCUUAAACUUUUACAUCUCUUAGCAUGGAGGACGAAGAAAGCUGUACAUUGUUGCUUAAGAGUCUGUACAUUUAGACCAAAUUUGUAUUUGCACUGUCAGUACGGCUAAUGAGUGAAAAAAUGUUAAUACACUAUUGGAUUUUUUAUCUUUUUUUUUUUAAUUCAGCUUGUAUCAGGGCUGAAAACCUCAAUUUAUGUUCAUGACAGUGGGGAUUUUUUUUUAAUGUCUACAUUCUUUCU